AUGGACGAGAAAGAAGAGACCAACGAGCCCCUCGACCUUGUGCGCCUCUGCAUUGACGAAGUCGUCAUUGUCAAGCUGCGCGGCGACCGUGAGCUGAAGGGUAGACUACAUGCAUACGACUCGCAUUGCAACCUCGUUCUCGGAGACGUCGAGGAAACCAUAUACAUUGCAGAAGAGGAAGAUGAUGAGCAGGAGACCCGCGUACGGACGGUCAAGAAGCAGAGCGAGAUGCUGUUCGUAAGAGGCGACUCGGUAGUUCUCAUCGCACCGGCAGAAGGAGCAUCGCAAUGA